GUCGCUUUCAUUCGUCCCCAGCGGAUACUUUAAACCCGCGCAUUAAAGCAGGACUUAUCUGCUGCUUUAGCAUCGAAGAUUCAAAUCAGGCGGCUAUUAUCCUGUACUCACACGACAGGAGCACAAUAAUCACCCUCUAGUUCCAACUGGCAUAUAUUCCAUUUCACUCUCACAGAGUGAGCUGUUCGUCAUGCCUGCCAAGUACUCACACGUGAAGAAGAGGUCGACAAACCCCAAGAAAAAGGCCGCUGCCACGAUUCAGUCCGGGAAAGACAAUAAUCGCCACCAAAAGCUACCCAAUCACCUUGACAAGACGAUUACAAAUGCCAUGUCAGCAGUCUCGCAGCUGGAGCCAAGAUAUCGCGCGCCUGUUUCAACACACAUAUUCUGUGUCGCUCUUAUUCACUUACCCACGUUCAUGAUGCGUUGUAUCACUGUCGGCGGGCCCAGCUGGGUCGCCUAUAAUGCGGAUAGUGAGGAAAUUAAGGACUUCUUCCGUUCCGUCGUUAGUAUGGACUUGAGACAGGCUGGAGAACGAGUUUCGACGAAGAGCGCGCUUUCUAACAAUGUUCCUGUAUGCCGGAAGCGCGGUCUACACUCUCUUCGACUACUUCCUCACUACGACUCGCUAAAGGUGCACAUGGACUCCCUGGAGGCGAUGCCGCACGCGGCAUUUACUAAACCACCGCAUCUCGGCGCCCUUACAGAAGGCUUGGAGGCCUUGGAAGAGGCGUGCGAGUUGAAGUACGGGGAAAAAUCCCCGUUAAGGUCCACCCCUCCUCCUGGAUGGGACCAUCAGUGGCGCAUGAAAGUACGCACGGGAUAUGAAAGGCUUGCUCAAACUCUCUGGCGAGUGACUCGGGAGUUUGAUGUCAGUGGAUACGGCUGUGUGCUUCGGGAGAAGCUUACAACGAAGUGGUGCGAUUGUGGAUGUUCUACGGAUCACCUGGGCGAGGUCUGUGAAAAGACGGUACGGGAAGAUGAGGAAGGGAGUGGUGUUAGAUCCGGUAAGCAAAGAGAAUGGGAUGGGCGAGGAAGCGGCGUGUUGGGUUGGGAGACUGAAGAAGAAGAGGAUAUAUGGGAUAUCGAUCUUGAUUUUGGCGGGAGCGAUUCUGAAGAAGGGGAUGGCUUUGGGUCCGAAAUGACCAUUGCUCAAAUGAUGGAAAUCAGGUUCAUCAAGGCAGAAAGAGAGAAGGAAUUCGGUAACGCCGCGUUCCGGCGAGGCGAGUAUCAACGCGCCGUAAAACAUUACAAGGCAGCCCAUUCAAUUGAACCAGAACUGCCUCAUUAUCAACUCAACCUUGCUGCGGCCCACCUAAAGCUCAGCGACUGGCUUGAAGCCGAAGAAGCAUGUACAAAAGCCUUGGGACAACAUCGAAGCAUAAAAGGUUAUUAUAGACGCUCGAAAGCGCGUCGAAUGUUGGGUAAGCUAGAUGACGCUGUGCAGGAUUUACGUGCGGCACUGAAAAUACAGCCUUCAAACAGUGAAGCGUUGGAUGAACUGAUAUCCAUUCUUCCGCCCGAUGAUUCAUCACGUUUAGCUCCUUCAUCUUCAUCUCUCGCAACGUCCUCCUCCAGUACUUCACCAGCCCCUCGAAAUGCUGGUUCACUAUAUGACCACCUGCAUUUACCCAAACUGAAGCAACCGAAACAAUUACCGUUUCCUCGGUCCAGCAAUGAUGAUAGGAAAAUUAAAGUUUCCUCGAUCCCAGUGUCCUAUGAAGUUCCGCUGAUGGCUGCUGGGAAGGCCUCGACAGAACUGAAGUCGAAGGAUCUCAAAACAAGGACAGAGUCGUUCAUCUUUCCAAGUUGGGAGAAGUACACAGUUAGGCUGGCUACUGGUUGAGUGUAUACAACCUAUUUUUCUGUACUGCGUGUUCUGUAUGCAGGCUUAUCUUGUUGCCACUCUAUGGGGAUCAUCCUUGGUUUUCGGCGAUAAUAUUGAUUUCAUUGUUCUACCUCUUGUCCUGUGUUUGAUCAUCGUACUCGUAUGUAGAGAUCUAUGCGUAGGAGAUGUUUCACACGGCCAUUGGUGUCACCAGUGCCCUUAUUCUCCAAUUAGCCGCUAUUUGCUCAGGCUUAACGUGGGUUAAUAGCGAUUGACCGUGACUGGGAAAAAGAAACUUGUAGCAUUGGGGCAGUUGCAACGAUAGAUCUAGAUACAGAAUUUGCAUCCGACAUCUUGUCCAUACAUAUGAUGAGUGUGAUCUGAGUGAGUACAGGUUGAACAUUGAAUCGGAGAACGAAGUCUGGGGCUGUUGAAACAUCAUG